UUCAAACUUAGAACAAAUGGGAACUCAAACUUGACUUAUUGAUGAGCAAAAGAAACAGAUAAUCAGCCUAGAGGAAUCUUUGAUGAGAAAGAGCAAGGAGCAAGACUACAAAAGAUGUUGUAGUAUCUACUUUAACACUUUCUUAUGGGAAAUAGAUGCUAAGCCAUUGGACCCAAACCGUCAAGAAAACUUCGAUUAUGAGGAACUUUUCCUUGGAUUUCAUGCUCCAGAACCAACAAAAUUUUUGAAAUAAAUUAAGAUCGUCAAAAUUCUUCGAUAUAAAUAGCAUCAACUUGGUCAAUAUUAAGGAGAAAAACAAGGAUAUUAUUAAUUUCGUGUAUCACUCAACUCCGAAUGUUGUAUAUCACCUCUCUAUUUCUUUUACAUAUUCAGUCAAAAUCUGUAACUCAAGGUUCUUGAAAUCUGUGAUCAGGUUGAGUUCCAAAGCCACCAAAAGUGCUAUAUUCCAAUGAUUCAAAUUGAAUGCUUGUCAACUAAAAAGACUAAUAACUGCUUGCAGGCAUGUACAGACACUGUUUAUUGAAUAUUGCAAGCUGUCUGUUCCCAGCGUCCCUGAUUUCUCAAGAGCACUUAAUCAUUCCCAAAUCCAGAAGCUAAGUUUGAAGGGAUCAGGCCAGCUUCAGUACAGCCACUGGAGGAGCAACCUUGUCGAGUUCAAGAACCUGAUCCAAGGCCUUGCAAGUUCUUCAGAUUUGAGACUUAGUCUUAGAACCAUAGAUAUCUGGUGUUGCCAGAUUAAUGAGAAUGAUGCCCAAGAAAUCUUUGCCAAAAAUCAGCUUGAAAUGGUUGAAAUACUAAUUGGAGUUUAAAUUCAAGUUCAUUUUCAA